UCCCAUCCCCGCAGUGCUGCAAAUACUGCACUCUCCACACAUUUACCAAUCCUGCAUUACUUUAGACAGACUUUGUGCCUCAGCCAGCUGAAAAUCUUUUUGUUUUUCCAGCAAUACUUUCAUUUCUUCAAAGUUUAAAUCGAAACUGCAUAAGCUAGGUGACCCUAUUUCCAUCCCAAUAUUGAGUUGGGGAGCCAUUUUGUUCCUUAGAUACAAGAUAUGCCGUAUUUUAAAUCAAGUCCCCUAUAGACAAAAUACGUCAUGUGAUGUACUUGAAGCUUUCCAUUGACAAUCGAAGUUAAAAAUUGCACAAUUUUUGAAAAUUUUCAACUCCAAUUAUUGAAAUGUUUAGUAAAAAACGUAAACCCAAGUUGGACAAGGAUCUAUCCGCAAUGGAGUUAGCGAUGACGAAUAUACUCAUUCUGAAAGCUAUUUUUGCACAAUUGCCGAUACAAGAGUUAAAAAUUAGUCGAGCAGUGUGCCGACUUUGGAAUGAGGUUGGUUUCAAAGAAUUGAAGGAUAGGGUGAUCCUAUCAAUCGGGAAAAUUUGCACUUUCACCGACCCACUUUUAAUUAAUGCCAAACUGACGAAAUAUAUUGGAAUAAGGAUGGAAUCGAAUCGAUCCUGUCAUGAAGAGUGUUCCACGGGAAUGAAUUUAAUUCAACUUCCGCCCAACGUGCAACAAGUAGUGGAAGAAGUUAGGAUUCAAACGAGUGCAGAAUACCUUGCCGCUAUUAUAGAAUACAUCAACAAUUGCGCGUUUCCAAUUCUAGACUACAUUUCACUUAAGAUUUCAGGAUGUAACGCAUAUCGUUUAGAUUUGACCAGCCACCAAAAUCGACGGACCGCACUCUUAAUUAAAUCCAUUAUCACGCAAUAUCCUUCCACACUCCUACCAACUUUUUUGGAAAAUUGUACUAAUUUAGAAGUGCUUCAAUUCGAGAAAAACACUCCCCCAAGCUUGGUAAAGUGCUCGAAUCUAAAAUUUCUCAGUUAUUCCGGUGUCCCAGUCGACAUGUCGGUAAUAAAUAGAAUGCUGGAACAAGUUGGAGGCUCUUUAGUAGAGUUGGAACUACGGAAUAAACUUUUCUCCAUGAAUCAGAGAUUAACCAGGACUCAGUUUAACCCACCAAGGAUGCCAAACCUAACAACCUUAACCGUUUUUGCGGCGGAACUCUAUCAACUGGAGAACGUCUUGAGCACCAAGUUGCUACCAAGACUGAAACACCUUUCACUAAAACCGUCCACGGGAAGUACCUUUGCUGUCGACAAUUUCUUGCAAAAUCUUUACGAAUUUCAUAACGGAAUCGAGUCCCUCAGUUACGAAGCAAGUACUCAAGCUGACGUACGACAAGCGGUGAUCCUCUUUCCGAACGUCAAGAAUAUUGAGGUACGAUUCAGCUCGGGUGCGGCAACUAAUAGAGAGAUGCUCGAACAAUAUCGUAAUUGGGAUAUUCAGCGGGCUAAAGUCACUUUUAUCACGAUGAUCUCCUCAAUUCAGGAAAUGGUGGUCUUCUUGGAAGCCAUGUCCACGUGGAGAGGAAGGAAAACCCUGUCCUUGUUUUCCGCUCCGGUAGUCACAUUUGAAAAGAGCGGCAUAGAUUCGUCCCGAACUGCGCGUCGAAGUUUCGCCGGCACUUUUUUGUUUACCGAAUUCGGAGAAAUGGCAAAGUCAGCGUUUCUUUUUUGCAAAUCAUUCCAAGCUGUAGAACUGUUUGAUUUCGGGACGUCAGACGUUGUGAGGAGAGAAAUGGAAGAAUUCAUAGCUAUCGAAAAACUCCCUAUUAAGUUUAAGAGUACUUCAUAAAUACUCUACCAUAUAGAAGCUGCGAGGGACAAGUAUUUAGAAAGUAAUAAUUACAUUAAUAAAAUUUAAUACUACAUGUUUAUUUUGAUCCUAUUUAUGUCCCAUGGGAAUUUAGGAUUGCUCAUCAAUUUUAUUCGAAAUAAAUAAGUUAACAAAUCUUGCCUACCGCAA